AUGGAGGCUCCUAUCCUUUUUAUAUUUAAAAAAAAUAAUAAUUUAUAUUUCUAUAUGAAUUAUAAAGAUUUAAAUAAAAUCUAUAUUAAAAAUUAUUAUUUUUUAUCUUUUAUUUCAGAGAUUCUUAACAGAGUUUUAAAUAGUAAAUAA